GAAUGCGCCAUUCAUCUUCCACUUGCUUUUGCCUUGGGGAAAGCGCAUCCACCUCCCACUUGCUUUUCCUUUUCUUUUUCUCACCCCCAAUGAUGAUUCCUCCAAGCAAACCCAGUUUUGCACUUUGGUGGUAUCGCGGUAACAGAAACCAAUCCUCUGAAUUCCUAUUGCAAAGCAACAGUCGACACAGAUAUGGCGGACGCCCUCCUCUCAGCUUCGCUUCAAGUUCUAUUCGAAAGGUUGGCUUCUCCAGAGCUCAUAAACUUCAUUCGGCGACGGAACCUUAGCGAUGAACUCCUCAACGAGUUGAAGAGGAAACUCGUGGUUGUUCUCAAUGUGCUCGAUGAUGCGGAGGUGAAGCAAUUUUCAAACCCAAAUGUCAAAGAGUGGCUCGUCCAUGUCAAGGGUGCUGUGUAUGAUGCGGAAGACCUGUUGGACGAGAUCGCUACCGACGCUUUGCGUUGCAAGAUGGAAGCUGCUGACUCCCAAACCGGCGGAACUCUUAAGGCGUGGAAAUGGAACAAGUUCUCUGCUUGUGUGAAGGCUCCAUUUGCUAUCAAAAGCAUGGAGUCCAGGGUCAGGGGCACGAUUGAUCAACUGGAAAAAAUCGCAGGAGAAAUAGUUGGGUUGGGGCUGGCAGAAGGUGGGGGCGAGAAACGGUCACCAAGACCAAGAUCACGAAUGUCCACUUCUUUGGAGGAUGACUCCAUUGUUGUCGGCAGGGAUGAAAUUCAGAAGGAGAUGAUGGAGUGGUUGCUUUCUGACAAUACAACAGGCGGCAAAAUGGGGGUGAUGUCCAUAGUGGGCAUGGGCGGCAGCGGCAAGACCACGCUUGCUCGGCUUCUCUAUAACGAUGAGGGAGUGAAGGAACACUUCGACUUGAAAGCAUGGGUCUAUGUUUCCCCUGAGUUUCUCCUUAUCAAACUCACCAAAACCAUUCUUGAGGAAAUUCGUUCUCCGCCUACUUCCGCUGACAACCUAAAUUUGCUUCAGCUUCAACUCAAAGAGAAACUUAGUAACAAGAAAUUUCUGCUUGUCCUUGAUGACGUCUGGAAUUUAAAGCCUCGUGAUGAAGGUUAUAUGGAGCUUAGCGAUCGUGAAGGUUGGAAUAUUCUACGAACUCCACUCCUCGCUGCAGCAGAGGGAAGCAAGAUUGUCAUGACCAGUCGUGAUCAAUCUGUUGCAACAACCAUGCGAGCAGUCCCUACUCAUCAUCUUGGGAAAUUAAGCUCUGAAGAUAGUUGGUCCCUGUUUAAAAAGCAUGCAUUUGAAGAUAGAGACCCCAACGCAUACCUUGAGCUUGAACGCAUAGGCAGACAGAUUGUGGACAAGUGCCAAGGAUUACCUUUGGCUGUGAAAGCACUCGGCUGUCUCUUGUAUUCUAAGGUCGAAAAAAGGGAAUGGGACGAUGUGUUGAAAAGUGAAAUAUGGCAUCCGCAGAGUGGCUCCGAAAUUCUUCCGUCUUUGAUAUUAAGCUACCAUCAUCUUUCUCUACCUCUGAAGCAUUGUUUUGCUUAUUGUUCUAUUUUUCCCCAGGACCACCAAUUCUACAAAGAGAAGCUGAUUUUAUUAUGGAUGGCAGAAGGUCUUUUACACCCACAACAAAACGAAGGAACGAGAAUGGAAGAGAUAGGUGAGUCAUAUUUUGAUGAACUUCUCGCCAAGUCAUUCUUUCAAAAAUCUAUUGGAAGAAAAGGAUCAUGCUUUGUAAUGCAUGAUCUAAUACAUGAAUUGGCUCAACACGUGUCUGGAGAUUUUUGUGCUCGAGUGGAAGAUGAUGUUAAGUUACCAAAAGUAUCUGAGAAGGCUCACCACUUUGUGUACUUUAAAAGUGAUUAUACUGAGUUGGUUGCAUUUAAGAAUUUUGAGGUUAUGACUAGAGCUAAAUCUCUUCGGACAUUCUUAGAAGUGAAGUUAAUCGGAAACCUACCUUGGUAUUAUUUGAGUAAAAGGGUUUUACAAGAUAUAUUACCAAAAAUGUGGUGUUUACGUGUGUUAUCAUUAUGUGCAUAUGCAAUAACUGAUUUGCCUAAAUCGAUAGGUAAUUUGAAACAUUUGCGUUACUUGGAUUUGUCUUUCACGAUGAUUAAAAAUUUACCUGAAUCAAUAUGUUGUUUAUGCAAUUUACAAACGAUGAUGCUGAGAAAAUGUUCAAAACUUGAUGAAUUGCCUUCAAAGAUGGGAAAAUUGAUUAAUUUGCGCUAUCUUGAUAUUGAUGGAUGUGGUUCAUUGAGAGAAAUGUCAAGUCAUGGAAUUGGUCGAUUAAAAAGUUUACAAAGGUUGACUCAAUUUAUUGUGGGCCAAAACGAUGGAUUAAGAAUUGGAGAAUUGGGGGAGCUGUUAGAGAUUCGAGGAAAACUUUGUAUUUCAAACAUGGAGAAUGUGGUGAGUGUCAAUGAUGCAUCAAGGGCUAAUAUGAAGGAUAAAAGUUAUCUUGAUGAGUUAAUCUUUGAUUGGGGUGACGAGUGUACCAAUGGUGUUACACAAAGUGGUGCAACAACGCAUGAUAUACUCAACAAGUUACAACCUCAUCCAAAUUUAAAACAACUCUCCAUCACAAACUAUCCUGGUGAAGGAUUUCCAAAUUGGCUUGGAGAUCCUUCAGUGCUGAAUCUCGUGUCCCUUGAGCUUCGGGGUUGUGGCAAUUGCUCAACAUUGCCACCACUUGGACAACUAACCCAGCUUAAAUAUCUGCAAAUCUCAAGGAUGAAUGGAGUAGAGUGUGUGGGUGAUGAGUUCUAUGGGAAUGCUUCCUUUCAAUUCCUAGAAACACUAUCAUUUGAGGAUAUGAAGAAUUGGGAGAAAUGGUUAUGUUGUGGAGAAUUCCCUCGUCUCCAAAAGCUUUUUAUACGAAAGUGUCCCAAACUCACUGGGAAAUUACCAGAACAACUUCUUUCAUUGGUGGAACUUCAAAUUCGUGAAUGUCCGCAGCUGCUUAUGGCUUCACUCACAGUUCCUGCAAUUUGUCAAUUGAGGAUGAUGGAUUUUGGUAAACUGCAGUUGCAAAUGGCAGGUUGUGACUUCACAGCUCUUCAAACUUCAGAAAUUGAAAUUUUAGAUGUGUCUCAGUGGAGUCAACUUCCAAUGGCACCACACCAGCUCUCAAUUAGAGAAUGUGAUUAUGCGGAGUCUCUGCUAGAGGAGGAAAUCUCGCAAACCAACAUACAUGAUCUGAAAAUCUAUGAUUGUAGUUUUUCUAGAUCCCUGCACAAAGUUGGUUUACCCACUACACUGAAAUCACUAUUCAUCUCUGAAUGCUCGAAAUUAGCGUUUCCCCUACCUGAGUUGUUCAGAUGUCAUCUCCCAGUCCUUGAAAGUCUAAAAAUCAAACAUGGUGUUAUCGAUGAUUCUCUCUCGUUAUCCUUCUCAUUAGGCAUCUUCCCCAAGUUGACUCAUUUCACAAUCGAUGGUCUUAAGGGGCUUGAGAAGCUCUCGAUUUUGGUUUCAGAGGGUGAUCCCACAUCUUUAUGUUCCCUGUCUCUAGAUGGUUGCCCUGAUCUUGAAUCUAUCGAAUUGCACGCUCUCAACUUGGAGUCUUGUUCGAUUUAUAGGUGCUCCAAGCUCAGGUCGUUGGCACACAGACAGUCAUCUGUACAGAAGUUGAAUUUAGGGUCUUGUCCAGAAUUGUUGUUUCAGAGAGAGGGUUUGCCUUCCAACCUACGUAACCUUGGAAUUACCGAUUUCACGCCCCAGGUGGAGUGGGGUUUGCAAAGGCUGACCUCUCUUACUCAUUUCACAAUCGAAGGUGGAUGUGAAGACAUUGAAUUAUUUCCCAAGGAGUGUUUGCUGCCCUCUUCUCUGACUUCUCUUGAAAUUGAAUCAUUUCCCGAUCUCAAGUCUCUUGACAGUGGGGGUCUUCAACAGCUCACCUCUCUUCUAAAAUUAAAGAUCAACCACUGCCCAGAGCUCCAGUUCUCGACAGGAUCGGUUUUUCAACACCUUAUCUCUCUAAAACGAUUAGAAAUUUAUGGAUGCUCGAGGCUCCAAUCAUUGACAGAAGCGGGUCUUCAACACCUCACCUCUCUUGAAAAAUUGGAGAUCGCAAACUGCCCAAUGCUCCAAUCCUUGACAAAAGUGGGUCUUCAACACCUCACCUCUCUUAAAACACUAGGGAUCAAUAACUGCCGAAUGCUCCAAUCCUUGACAGAAGUGGGUCUUCAACACCUCACCUCUCUUGAAAGUUUGUGGAUCAAUAACUGCCCAAUGCUCCAAUCCUUGACAAAAGUGGGUCUUCAACACCUCACCUCUCUUGAAAGUUUGUGGAUCAAUAAGUGCUCAAUGCUCCAAUCCUUGACAAAAGUGGGUCUUCAACACCUCACCUCUCUCAAAACAUUGCGGAUCUAUGACUGUAGUAAGCUCAAAUACUUGACAAAAGAGAGACUUCCAGACUCCCUCUCUUAUCUGUUCAUCUACAAAUGUCCUUUACUGGAAAAACGGUGUCAAUUUGAGAAAGGGGAAGAAUGGCGUUAUAUAGCUCACAUUCCAAAUAUAGAGAUCAAUGGUGUGCUAUAUUAAUCAAAGUGCCACUCCGCCAAUAUAGAGUCAGCACAGAGAAAAGAUUGAAGCAACAGACUGGGAACUCCAGCAAAGAAAAUCCGUUUCCCCUGGCCCAGACUAAUCUUUGGCAGGCUUUCUCUGAGGCAGGUGCCCAGACAACAAUAGCAAGUCUGUUAGGACCCAAAAUGGCCAUCACAACAAACCAGCCACAGAAGGAACUUCUGGCCCUGAAACUUGGGGUUUUGGAACAGAGAGUUUUACAGCCACCCCUGCUGCCAGCUCUAAUAUUUCCAGACCCUCCCCAUUGGAGGCAAUAAUGCCCAGCUGUUUGUUGACUCAAAGAAGAUUGAGGGCAAGCUGGCUACUCAACCUGCUGAAUGGGCUGGUUUCUAACUUAUUUGGUGAGGUUAUAUCAUCCUGGGCACUUCUGGCCAUAAGAGAUGGGAAUAGGUAAAAAAGCAAAACAGAAAGGGAUUCAUGGCUUUCUGGGCAUGAUUAUGCUUGUAAGUAUUGAGUGUUCGCCUUAUGCAAUAGAAUACAACAUCUGCAUAAGUUCCCUGGUUUCCAUGGACUACUUACAAACUUGUACUGUUCUGAAUGCCUCGAUUUUCAGGUAGGAAAAAUAAUAAUUUCUUUUAAUAUUGUCCUGUCUGUGACCUUAUCCUUCUAUUUUGCCAUCUAUUUUUGUUUAAUCCAUGAAAAUCUUGUAUCAUAUUUCAUUUGCAUUUGUUACAUGAAUAAAUCCUGGUUUUAUGUUACUGUUUUUAGAAAAUUAUUAGUCAAAUGAGUUUUUGGACUGUCUUUAGCUAUUUUCGACUAUUUUUCUAUAUCUUGUCUUAGAUCUAAAUGCAUUAGCUGGACAAUAGAAUGGUGGUUACUUAUCUAACAGAUGAUGUUUUUAAUCUUAUUGCAGAAUGAAAGAAAACUCAACCCUCUCAUCCGUAAUUGAGAACCAUCUAAAGACUGGCCAUGGAAUAAGCUCAAGCCUUUCUGUACAGAGCAGCUGGACUCUCUCAAAUUUUUUCUUUGUAAAUAUCCAAAGCUAUGAGUUCAAAGUCAUUAAAUGUGCCAAUCCCCGUUGACCUCAAUAAGAGCUUAAGGAGUGUGUUAGACUGUUACCAUUGAUCAAUUCAGUCCAAAAGGCAUUCCAUUCAGGGAAGAGGAAAUAGAAGAAAAUGGCAGCUCUUGAUGUAUUUUGAUUUUGAUCAAGGCUUUCUUGAUGUAUACUCUGAUGUUUUGCUCAGAUUAAUCCUGAUGAUUUUCUUAACUGGAAAGGUGACUUUUCCCAGUGAAGGAAUUGGAGAUUCCUGGGUGCUGAACUAUUGAUGUCCAUUGUUCUGUUCAAGAAGAACAAGAAAUUAUUGAACCCCGGCAUUGAGCUGAUGCUUCAUAACGUGUUAUUAUAAGAGACAUAGGCUGCCCGAGUUGUCUGAAUAUACCCCAUAGUCCCUCUGAUGCCUGUACACAAGUCCUGGGGCGCCUCCAAAAAGGAAGCUUGAUAAAGAACCAUUGUGCAUAAACUCAUACACCAGAAGUCACGUGUUCACCCACACACUGCAGUAAUGCAGCAAGUGUCGUAGAUUCUUAUGCAACAGAAUUUCCAGAACCUGAUGGUAAUAUCCCUUUGUAGACAGUGCCAAAGGCUUCUACCAUCGCUUGUACUCAGGAUUCUGUGAUAAAGCUGCAGACUUUUGAGGUUCAAGCAGUAGAAAACUAGAGAAAUUGCAGCCACAGAAACAAAGAAGAACGCAGAGGGGCCUAAGAGGACUGAGAGUAUUAGAAUUGCUUUAUUUUGCUUGCCUCUGCCUGAAGUUAGUUCACUGGACUUCAACAGAAUGAUUAGAGCACCUCUGGCAACAGCAGUUUGAUCCAACCUCCCAUUUGAAAGAGGUAGUCUUUUCCUCCAACAGCUUCCAGUUCCAUUUGCAAACCUCAGGUCCUCAAAAAUGGCAACUGCACAGUAGGCUCCAACACCAAUCCCUGAGUUGGCAAUAUGGUAUUAGUUGGGUGCUUGAAGCUCUCCCAUACACAGGUAUACAAUUUCCGUCUCCAAGCAUGGCACCAUGCACUGCUUCACUGCUCACAUUACCAGUCUUUGUCUUCCAUAUCUCUUGAACAAGCUGUCCAUUGGUAGUAAGCUCAACUUUUGAUCCUCUUGGCACUGGUUAACUUCCAUUUGCAGUCCAGAUAGCAAGAAGGAAUAGAUCCUUUUCACUUGGAGACCGUCGGAAUCCAAAUGCAAAAUCACCAGAAGGGGAAGCCCAUGUGGAGUUGUCAUCAGUGGCAUAGAGAGAUGAACCCAAGGUUAUAUUACUAUAAGCUUGGCUGAUGAGUAACAAGUAGAGGUAGAAAGACAGUAAGUUAUUAUGUGAAUAAUUGGUCACCCGACUGGUUUUCCCUGCAUGUUGAUUAAGUUGAAAGAGUCUAGAGGUAGAAAGACAGUAAGUUAUUAUGUGAACAUCCUCUUGUAAUUGAAUAGUGUGAAAGCAAAUUUUUUUCAAGAUA